ACAUCGAUCAGUCGAUCGAUCGAUCUGUUAAUCUGUCUGUAUCGAUCUACAUACCAGCGGUUUGUGCAGCGCAAGCAGAUAAAGCCUGCGCUGGGAGGGCGAAUGGAAACCGUCGUGUUAAAGAAGAAAGGGGGGGCAUGUCCGGGUCCGAAUCCACGAGCUUCAAACAGGAACCCCUGGACCUGACGAUGGAGGCCUGCAUGCAGAACCGGGGGGGCACCGAGGAGGGGGCCCCGACCCCAGAGCCCGACCCUGGAGACGAAGAGCAAGACACUUCCGACGAGGCAGAGGAGCCAGCUGAGCUACGCCAGCAAGAGCCUGCUGGUCUCGGAGCUGGAGAAGGUGAAGAUGUAUCGGGAUUGGGAGGAGGAGGGGGAGGGGGGGGAGGUCUCCACGCCUGCCCUCUCUGUGGCAAGUGUUUCAGCACGCCGUGGGUCCUGAAACUCCACCAGGAACGCCACGGCCCGCUCCCCUACAGCUGCCCCGACUGCGGGAAGAGCUUCGCUCGGCGCGGCAGUGGCAGCUACUCCCUGCACCUCGAGUCCUGCUCCUGCCCGCGCGCCUCCCCCUCCCCCUACCGCUGCGCCGACUGCGGCCGCAGCUUCAAGGACUUCACCUACUUCACCAACCACCAGAAGAUCCACCGCGGGCUCAGCCCCUUCUGGUGCCAGGUGUGCGGCAAGAACUUCGCCAAAGCCUCUCACCUCACCUCCCACCAGAGCACCCAUUGCUCCCUUCGGCUGUACUCCUGCAAGGGCUGCGGGGAGAGCUUCCGGACCCCCUCGCUGAUGGGGGAGCACCAGUGCAAGGCUGGGAACAGGGCUGAGAAGGGAGGAGGUGGGGAUGGGGAUGGGGAGGGGGCGCUGUACAGGUGCCCCGACUGCGACUCCCUGUUCGGUUCCCUCCCCAGCCUGGUUUCCCACCAGCAGUUGAUCCACCAGCUCUCGGAUGAGCUGCCCUACCACUGUGAGACCUGCGGGGAACGCUUCGCCGGGGCCAAGGAGCUGGGGCGCCACGGCAAGACCCACAAGGCCAAGCGCCACGCCUGCGGGCAGUGCGGCAAGAGCUUCAGCUACUUCGCCAACUACUACACCCACCAGCAGCUCCACAACGGCCGGCCAGACCUGGAGAGCAAGGGGCGCUGGCGAUACCGCUGCCGGGACUGCGACAGGAUAUUCUGGGAUGCCCAGGAGCUCAGGGAGCACAGGAAGGUCCACGGGGAGGCUGGGGGGCAGCAGCAGCAGCAGGAGGAGGAGGAGGAGCAGCAGCUGGAGGGGGAGGGAGGAUCAGAGAGGAGGAGGAGGAGGAGGACCAAUGAUAAGAAGGGGAAGGUAGCUCCCAAAGCAGCCAGCUUGGACAGCGGCAACAGCAAGGGGAGAGAGGAGCCGGGGAUGGGAGGAGAGGAGGAGGAGAGGCAGGACCGAGGAGGAGAUGCAGCAGCUGGUAAUGAUGCUGACGAAAUGGAAGAGGCGCAGGAAGAGGAGGAGGAGGAGGAGAAGGAGGUGAAGAACAAGAGAGAAGGGAGGAAGCCGCUGAACGAGGGGCAGCACAGGUGCAGCUUCUGUGGCCUGAGGUUCAAGAAGAAGUGCCACCUGGAGGACCACCUGCUCUUCCACAGCGGCCAGAAGCCUUACGUGUGCAGCGAGUGUGGCAAGAUCUUCAGCCACUACCCGUACUUCAAGAGCCACCUGGCGGUGCACCGGGGCGCCCGCCCCUUCGAGUGCCCGCACUGCGGGAAGGUUUUCUGCGUGGUCUCGCAGCUGAACCGCCACGCGCGCAUCCACACGGGGGAGAAGCCCUACAGCUGCAAGGUGUGCGGCAAGAGCUUCGCCGACAGCACCAACUGCAAGAGGCACCAGCGGUCGCACCUCAAGGACAAGCAGCUGGCACAGCGGCCCCCGAGCCAGACGCAGCUGCACCGCGCCGGCAGGAGGAGGGGAGAGGGGGCCCCUGCUGUGCCCAUGCUGCCGUCUAAGAGGGGCCGCCCAUCGCGCUCCAAGAAGGGAGCGGUAGAGCCCCCCCUCCCCCAGUGAGACAUCCCCCUCGUGGAAGGGGAGGGGAGCUGCAGGUGUGAGAGGUUGAGUCCGAGGACUCUGUGCUGACACAGAGGGGGUGUGAUGUGUAAAUAUCUAUAGAAUAGCCUUUUUUUUUUUUAAUCAGCUGUUAUGUUUUUGCUCAGAUAACCCAGCUUCCCAAUGUUUCAGUGUGUUUGAAAACAAACAACAGAAACGUAUUUAUUAUUCUCUUAAAAAAGACACCCCCUAGCAAAUCAGACACGUGGUUUCAGACGAAGAGAUGAUA